UUACCAUCAGACAUUUAAAAAAAACGAUUAUGUUUCUAUUUUUAGACUGUAUGUAAACUUCUGGGUUCAACUAUAUAUGUUCCAUUUCCAUAUGCAUUUCCAUUAUUAUUUUAUUAAAUUAUACUACACAACAAGAAGAUUAAACCUCUAAAAAAAGACAGAAUGGCUACUCAAAUGUGAAUACGUCUAAAUAGAAAAUAGCUUUGUGGGCCUCCAAGCGCCCCCUAGAGGAGUGAGCGCGUUUCGUCAAGCAUUAAAAAUAAGCGAGCAGCGUCGACAGCCCAUCUGUAACGGGGGAGGGCACGGGAAACAUUCUUUACUCCAAACACACUGUAUGGCAUCAAAGGACUACACAUGGACCAUCCAAGCUUACUCUCAUUUUUACUGUGAAACGGGCACUGGAGAAACUGACAAGGGAUGAAUUCUCCUCCACCCCACACCGUGUCCAAUGGAUCUCCCCAGCAUCAUCAGCAACACAACCGCGGACAACAUGUCGGGUUCGGGCUAUAUUCUAGAGAUUGUGACCACCAAACCGGGGGUAAACACGCUGAGCACUCAGGCCAGCAACUACACGGAUGUGCACCGCGACAUCCCGGUGAGGAGUUCGGAGGGGAACUCGGUUCUCCAGGGCAUCGCAGUGGCCGCGCAGGCGCUGCUGCUCCUGGCCAUCUUCUUACUGUCCAGUCUGGGUAAUUCAGCGGUUGUGGUGGUCAUAAUCAAACACAGGCAACUGAGAACGGUCACAAAUGCAUUCAUCAUGUCCCUCUCCCUCUCCGACUUCCUCACGGCGGUUCUUUGUUUACCCUUCUCCUUCAUGAUGCUCUUCAGCAAGGAUGGAAAGUGGAUGUUUGGAGAGCCCUUCUGCAUCGCCAAUGGGUUUUUCAACACCUGUUUCGGCAUCAUCUCCACACUGACCAUGACUCUUAUCUCGUUCGACAGGUAUUACGCGAUCGUCCGGCAACCCCAAGCCAAAAUUGGCCGGAGGCGAGCGAUCCAGCUCCUGGUGGCCGUUUGGUUCUCCGCCGUGGUCUUUUCCUUUCCCUGGUACCUGUUUAUGGAGACCUCCAGGCGCUUGGUGGUGCACAAACAAGGGUUUUAUCACUGCAUGUACGUGUUCCACUCCGGCACCUCCAGGAUGGGCACCGCAUACAGUAUAUCUUUAAUAGUAAUCUGUUACCUGCUUCCCUUCGCCCUCAUGUGCUUCUGCCACUACAACAUCUGCAAAACAGUCCGGCUGUCGGAGAUCAGGGUGCGGCCGGUCACCACUUACGCGCACCUGUUGCGCUUCUACAGCGAGAUGCGCACCGCGACCACCGUGCUCAUCAUGAUUGUGUUCAGCAUCUUCUGCUGGGGGCCCUACUGCCUGAUGGGUAUCAUCACCGCGCUCGGAAACUACUCUUUCACCCCUGCUAUGGAUACCGUGGCUAUUUGGAUGGCGUGGGCAAACGGUGCCAUUAAUCCUUUGAUUUACGCCAUAAGGAACCCGAAUAUAUCCAUGCUGUUGGGCCGGAGCAGAGAGGAGGGAUACAGGACUAGAAACAUCGCCGCGUAUUUGUCCACGCAGACGCAGCGCAGGGACGCGGUUCGAAGCCGGGCUGACCGGAUUCGGGACCGGUACGUGAGCCGGCACGGCGCAAACAGCCGCUUGUCUUCCUCCAGCCCGGCCAACGGAGGGGAUGUGGCCAUGUGGGCCUGUAAAAACCCGGCGGUGUUCUUCUGCAGAGACGCGCAUCCAGAUACAAUAACUGAGCCACCGGUGCCCAAAGUUGAGACUGCUGACACCAGUCUGUAACAGCGCGGUCACACUUUAUGAUGACAAGGGGAGGUGCUACAGGUGUACACUGGCUCCAAGCUUUCACACUUGAACAAAUGAAAAGUUAUUGUAUUAGAUCCAAUGUCAAUCAGGUGGAAAUUGAUAUAACAUUCAUUUACAUAAACACUGAAAAAUUGCUGUUUCACAUAGUACAUUUCAAAAUUAGUUACAAAGAAAUUGCAAACAGAAGUAAAUUAAACUGAAGACUGACAUAUAGGCUAUUAAAUUAUUUUAAUUUUAUUGUAAAUGUUUGCAUUUUUCAGAUAAUCAAGUGAUAAUUUGCACAAGUAAACACUUUUUUUACUAGACUGGAAAUAUCUGAUUUUAAUUUAUAAUUUGUUUUAAAAAUGUAGAUUUUUAUAUUUUCUGGGUAUCUUAAAUCAAUUAAAAUAACCAUAAUAGUGUUGUUUUGUUCAUAUUUGCUAAAUAACUUUUAUCAAAAGGAGCUGACAAUCACAAAUUAUUAAGUUGUUUAUUCACAUUAAAUAAAAAUCUAAUUUGUAAUAUUUUCCGUAUAGGGAUGAUACUAUAUUUCUAUAAUGUUUAUUUAAAUUCAUAAAAUAUUCUUCACGAAUUGUCCGUUUGCUGCAAGAAACAGAUAAGUCACCUGUAGUCUACCUCCCUUCAGACUUCAGUAAAUCAUGUGCAUUUAAAUGGAAAUGUACUGUAUAAAUUAACGUUUGACAGUUCCAACUAUUUUAAUAUACAUUAACACUAUUACAUAAUAUAAUGUUGACCUUUAUUUUUCCUCUUGGCCUAUAUUUAAAGUCAAACAGAAUAAUUAAUAGCAUCAGUGUUGAAGAUUUACACCCUUCAGCUUUAACUAUCACCAGGCCUAACGGUGAGUCAAAAUUUAAAGGUAUAGUUCAUCAUAAACGAAAAAUUCUGUCAUCAAUUUACUCAGUUUGAGAUUCUUUCUUCUGUUAAACUCAAAAGAAGAUAUUCUGACGAGAGAUAGAAACCUGUAAUCAUUGCUUUCCAUAAAUAAUGCAUUCUGUAUAUGGUUACAGGUUUUCAGCUAUUUCAAAAAUAUCUUCUUUUGCGCUCAACAGAAGAAAUGAAUUCAUAAAGAUUUGGAAACAC